AUGUGGGCGCCGAGCGGCCCGCCGGGGCCCGCUGGCUGGGACCGCCGCCGGGUGGGCGCCAGGCUGCGCGCGGCGCUCGCGGGGCUGCACGAGCUGCGGGGGCUGCGCGCCAGGCAGCAGGCGCGCGUGUGGGGCGCGCUGGCCGGGCCGCCCCCGCCCGGGCCCGCCGCCCCCCGCGGCCCCCGCGCCCACGAGCUGCGGCUGGAGGCGGCGCUGGCGGCGCUUCAGGAGCAGCUGGACCGCUUGAGACGCCAGGACGUCGGCCUGCAGACGCACCUGGACCAGCUGGACCGGCAGAUCAGCGCGCUGCAGCUGGACGUGCGCAGGGGCCCCGGCGAGGCCGCGGACAGCGACAGCAGGCCCAGCUCGGGCUUCUACGAGCUGAGCGACGGCGGCUCCUGCUCCCUGUCGACCUCCUGCACGUCCGUGUGCAGCGACCACGUGUCCUGCUCCCUGGGCACCUUGCUACCCGCCGCCCCCAAGGCCAGGCCUGGCUCUGGGGACUGCCGGCCCCGCUCGGCCGACGAGACCGCCGUGUGCGGGGUCCCCCUGCCUGCGUGGGGUCCCCCGGCCGGCGAGGAGGGGCCAGGCCAGCUACUGCAGGAGGAGCCCCGGCCGCGGCCGGUGUCCACAGGUGACCUUGAAAGGAUCCUGCCGGCCGACGUGGGGCUGCAGAAAGCCGGGGCACACCCCGCGGCCACUCCCUUCCUCUGCCACGGUGUGGACCCCAAGUACCAGUGCGACCUGGUGUCCCGGGGCGGCCGGGAGGUGUACCCCUACCCCAGCCCGCUGCACGCCGUGGCCCUGCAGAGCCCGCUGUUCGCUCUGACCAGGGAGACGCCGCAGACUGAGGGCCGUGUGCCCCCCCGCCCGCCCCCCGCCAGCCCCGCAGGCCCCAGCUCCGUCCGCUCCGGGCUGGCCUUCGAGGCUGGCCCCGCUGCAGCCUACAUUGAGCGGCUGCUGCGGCUGCGGGCCCGAGGGAGUGCGCGGGGGCCCCCUAGAGGGGAGGCGUCCCCAGCCCCGCCGCAGCUCGGUGCCCGGAAGGUGGACGAUGAAGGUGGCCUGGAGAAGCCGGCCUGCACCCCCGGGAGGGCAGUAGUGAGCGGGGCCGCCUGCGGGGACAGCCUCGCCCGGCCGCCACCUGUGCCCUCUGUGGGCACCCCACGCCCCAGCAGCCAUCCCGAGGGGGGACCCGGCCCCUCGUGUGGGCACAUGCGCGGGGAGACCCGUCCAGACGCCCCCCAGCUGGCCUGUGGCCGGGCCCCCGCUCCCCGCUGCCCCGCUCAGCCGACGGCGCUUGCUGGCUGGACGGGCGGAGGCAGGUGGCCGAGCGGGCGAGUGGACGGACGCUGCGCCCACCCCCAUCUGGUUGCCAGCGGAGCUUCCCCCACAGGGCCCCCCAAGACCAGGCCUGUGACGAUCAGGAGGGGGCCCAGCGACAAGACGCAGGGGCCUGGGAGGCCGCAGCUGCAGUGGGGCGCCCUCGGGGUCCCCCGGCCGCCCCCAGAGUCAGGGAGUGCUCCCCGGAGGCCCACGCGGGCCGCAGAGGCGCCCGGCCGGUCCUGCUCCGAGUCCAGCCUCUACCCCGUGUCCUUCUUCGUGCCUCUGCUGGUGGCGCGGCGGGAGGGUCACCGGGCGUCGUCUCAGGCCUUGUUCCCCUGGGAAGCCGCGCCGCUAGGGGCGUCCGGGGGCGCGGCGCGGAAGAAGCAGCGCCGGUGGCAGUCCUCGGUGGAGAUCUCGGCCCGGGCGCGCCCGGACCCCGGCCUGGGGCCCCGCAGGCCCGCGGCCCGGAGAGGGGGCCUCCCGAGGCCCGUGUUUGUCAGGCCCAGGCCCCCGCCGCCCCCGCAGGACGCCCGCGCCCGCAGCGCGUCGGAGGGCUCCGACGGCUCCGCCGAGUGCGCCUCGCUGCUCCUCUCCACCGCAGCCGGGAGCAGCGGGGAUGAGGCCAGCGACCACACCGCCAGCCGCUUCGGGGACGCCGAGUCCAGCGGCAGCGAGUCGGGGGGCGGCGGGCGGCCGGGCCAGCGGGCCCGCGCCAGCUCCAGGGCGGCCCUGCCCCCGGUGCCCAGGCUGUGCCGCGUCAAGGCCUCCAAGGCCCUCAAGAGGAAGAUCCGCAGGUUCCAGCCGGCCGCCCUGAAGGUCAUGACCAUGGUGUGAGGGGCGGCAGAGGGGCCUCUCCGCUUAGGACCCGCCCAGCCUCGCUCACUCGAGUCUGGUGUGCGGGCUGCCAUCUGACAGCUCUGCUUGGUCCCCGAAGCCACCCUUUGACAGGGGUCCCCUCAGAGGAGCUGCCGGGGUGUCCCUGGGUGUGUCACCCCGGGUGAGGCUGUGACUCUGAGUGCGUCGCUCACGGGGCGCAGUGGAGACAAUCUCCGGGACCCCGGGAUUGCAGACCUGACGGCCGGCCUCCCAGGCCCUGUGCCCUGAGCCCGGGAUGGGUGCCCUCGGGCUGGUGCACGUUGGGGGGCGGGCGGUAUCCCCGAUGGCUGCAGCACUGCUCUAGAAACUGGGUUGGAAUAUGAGUCCUUGUCAAACGCUACAGGUGAAUAAACACCUCAAAUGCCGUUGUCUUUGCAAGUCAGCCUGCCCCUGUAGCCUCCCCGUCCCGGGGACGUAACUGGUGGUCAGCAAACCCUCGUCCUUCCCACCGUGAGGACGCCCUCUCACCCCGGGGGGAGAACGCGCUUCAUGUGA